UGAUAUCGAAGUCCUACGACAAUAUGUGUAUGAGGGAAAGAGCAAAUCUCCGUAUAUGCGAGAUACGACGCACUGUUGACCUCUCAUGUGUCCCACACACGGCAGGCUGGACCAAAGACGUCAGGGCAUUCUAGUAUAAGAGAUUUGUGUUUCGCUAGGUGUGGAAACCACACAAGAGCUCAUUUGUAUCUUCGACCCAGUCGUACCUUUCAUCUUGAUCACCAUACACCACACGAACUGACAUGCGGACUUCACUGACCUUCCAGCUUAUUUUAUCUAUCGUCACAGUCAACGCUUCAACCGCUCAUCCUCGAUCUACCAUAAACGGUCGAUGUACCGGCAAAGAUGGCCGCACUGGUGUCUGCAUCUCGAGAUCAUCAUGCGACGGGACUGGUGAGAUCUGGAUACACGAUGCCUGUCCAGGUACGCCCGAGGACAUAAAGUGCUGCACGAAACCCUCUUGCCAGCAAGCUGGACGAUCUGGCGACUGUCGCUGGUCGGACAGGUGUGGUUCUGGUUUUGAGACUUUGAUCGGUCUCUGUCCGGGACCAAGCGCGUUCAAAUGUUGUGUUACGACAGACGAUAAGCAUGGUGAUAGUGGGAAUAUUGGGAAAGAUAUACUGGAGAAAGCAAAAGAGGCCAAAGGCACACCUUAUUCUUGGGGAGGUGGAAGCUGCAAAGGUGCAACUAAGGGCGGUUACGAUUGUUCGGGCUUGGUCUCUUGGGCUGUGUGCCAGGUCACCGGAAGAGAUCUUUUUUUGGAGGGUCUGCGGGUAACACGCAGUAUGUACUGUGCACCCGAGAUCAAGUUGAAGUACAAGUAAGGUUACCUGGCCAAGCAUUACUGACUGGACUAAUGUCGUGGUCAGAAAAGUCAAGUUCGAGCACAGGCGAGCUGGUGACGCGGUCUUCUUUGGUGGCAGAUGUGACUGUCAGAAUAACCCUAGUGGCAUCCACCAUGUAGGACUUAUGAUGGACAGUGAGUACACCAUGUGGAAUGCGCUCAAGACUGGGACCAAGGUGCGUAAAGACAACUUCCAGAGCUGGAAUGAGCAGGCGUGCCCCUACGUGAUCCGCUUCGCAUGAACUCUAGGUUGUCGUCGAUCGAUUAUGGCCUCUACGAAUAUAUAUUGAAUAUUUGUCACAACACAAAA